AUGAUUCAGAUGAGAUUCUCAUAUGGCACUCCUUCCGGUUGCAUCAGUAUACCUCCACCCUUGGACACAGAAAGUUUUUUAAGGACUUCAGAAGAUCUGCUCUUAUACCAAAAUAAAAUAUUAAUCGUCCAAAUUAAUAUGUGUUUUAUACAUAGAUAUAAUAUCGUCCAAAUAUUUAUUAUUUAUACAGUUACUACAAAUGUUUACGUAUCAUUGGUCACCAACGAUACUACAUAUUUUCAAACAAGACAACUGAGUGGCCAACAAUAUGGCUUAGACUAUAAUUUACAAAACCACACACAAUAUGAAGAAAAAAUUGCAGACCGGUCAAGAACACUAUUCGAUUGGGAUAAUCCAAGAGUUGUAUCGAAAGAAGGGAUAAAAGUUCAUUCGAAAAGAAUUGAUACGAAUUUGGAAACCGAAAGAGUCGAGAACAAUGUUUGGUGGCCGUGGAAAAACUAUGAUGAUUGGCUGAAUGGUAGGGGAUUAAAAUCAGAACAGCCAAAAAAAUCAGAAAAGAAGAUCCGAAAGGAAAAAAAACAUAAAAAAAAGAACAAAAAAAAUGAAAAGAAAAAAAAGAAGUCAAAACCUGAUAAAAAAUUUAACGUUACAGUCAAAAGCAGUGAUCUUUUUUCGGUCAAUGCCGAAGACAACGAAAUUAUAAAAAAAGAAUCGAUACCCGAAAUACUUUACGAGGCAUCACCGAUUGAUAUAAUUUUAAGAAAUUCUUCUUUAGUUCCAACCUUGGUAAAAUAUACAUCCAGAAAUUAUACUUAUGAUGUUAACGAAUGCUUGACAAAUAACGGAGGUUGUGAAGGACUUUGCAUCAACACUCCAGGAUCGUACAGGUGUCAUUGUCCACCUGGUUUUAUGGUAGCUGACACCAAAUGUGAAGACAUCGACGAGUGCUUAUUGCGCAACGGUCACGGGCCGUGCCAAGGAACGUGCACGAACACCUGGGGAGGAUACAAGUGUUCGUGUCACGGCAUACCGGGCACCAGGCUGGCCGACGACCGGCACACUUGCGACGACGUGGACGAGUGUCGGGACGGCACUGCCGGGUGUUCGCACCAGUGCAUCAACACCGUGGGAUCCGCGUUCUGCGUGUGUCCGGACGGAUUGCAGUUGGACGACGGGUGGAAAACGUGCGUGGACGUGGACGAGUGUUCGGACCCGGAGCUGCAACAAUCGCCGAACGUUUGCUCCGAGCGCGGUUUGACGUGCAUCAACACGUACGGUUCGUACAAAUGCGCGUGACCUAAUGGGGUGGAUUACGAUAAUGUACUGUGGAUUUAGUUAACGACGCUGUACGACGAUACUAUAAUAUUAUUGUCACCACAUCUUAAAUAAUAACACAACACUGCUAGCAACAUGUGCACCGAUUAUUUAAAACUCACUAAUUCAUAAUAUUAAUUGACUAGUCACGAGUGCCGUUGUUGUUGUUGUUGUUGUUGUUGUUGUUGUUGUGGUGGUGGUGGAGAUGAUUAUUGUUGCCUCUUGUUAAUUAUUAUAUAACCUAUUGGUCACAUAUUGUUUUAAUCUUAAUUAUAAUUAUCAUUAGCUUUUACCAUUCACACCAUGAUUUGUUAACUUUUUUUUUAUACUUUUGAUAUUUUACAAAUGUAUUUAUUACACAUAAUUUAAGUAUACGCGCAUUAGCCCCAUAUACAACUCAACGACUAAUAAAUCACGAUUAAAAUAAUAUAUAUUAAUAUUUUUGUCACGAAAUUUAUGAAAUUCAUGAAAUGUUUAACCCGUUAUUUAACCAACAAUAGAAUUACACCUAUAUGUGAUACGUAAAACCACUUGUACUUAACCAUUUUAACCAUGCAAGCAUCAUACCAUUAAGUAUAGAUGGUCAUAUCAUUGUUUAACAUAUUUAUUAUUGUAUGUACCAAAUAUUAUUG